UGCAGGUGCAGGAUCGCGGUCCAGGUGCGGCCGCCUGUCCGCUCCGGGUCCGCAUCAUGGAGCGCGAUCGGGGCCCGCGGGGCUCGGCGGUAGACCUGGGCUUCGGGGCGCUCAGCACCGCGCAGCUCCGCGCCCUGAUGCGCGACGAGACCUGGCUGGAGCGCAUCGUCAAGCUGAGCAGGAAGUUCCAGAACCUACAGUCGGAGCGGGAGAGGCGCCUGGCCUCCAGUUACGCCCUGGCGAAGCAGAAUUUGGCCCUGCAGCCCCGGCUAGAGAAUGGCAAAGCGUCCCUGGCCAUCAAGUACCAGGAGCUGAAGGAGCUGCGGGAAACCUGCCGGGACAAGCAGCAGCGGUUGGGGGCCUGCAUGGAGAAGUGGACCCCAGAGAAUGCCGUGAGCAGGCUGCAGGCAGAGCUGGAUGGAGUGGAAGCCAAAGUGGAGGAGCAGAUGGAGCAGUUCCUGUGCUGGGAUCUCCCCAUCGAGACCUUUGUCGAGUCGUUCCAACACAGCCGUAUGCUCUCCCACCUCCGCCGGACCCAGCUGGAGAAGCUGCAGGAGAUCCUGAAGCUGGAUCAGGAAAAGACCCCCGAUAAGCCCAGCCCAAGCGGCGAGAUGCAACCCGAGGCCUCCCCGGCCCUUCCGACUCCGACUCCUCCGACUCGGGCUCAAGCGGCCCCAGCACAGACCGGCACGGCCCCCAAGGUCUUCCAGCUCCGCUUGGCCCCGGCGUUCUUGAUCCCUUCGGAGGCUGUGCUCCCCAUCCCGGUGGCCACGGCCCCCCAAAAGUGCUGCCUGCCGACCCUGGCCACCUCGCAUUCAGCAGGGCCCUUUGUGGGCUCGCCCUUGAGCCUCAUUGGACACAUCCACUUGCCACCAGCCCACCUGCCUCACACGAAGAAGAAGGAGCCGCCGCACCGGUAGCCAACGCCGCGUGAACCGGACGUUUCGACUGGCGCCUCCGAGACACACGCCAAGAUGUGCCCCGAGUCGGCGGUGUGACACCAGCCCACCGAGGACGCCACUCUCCUAGACUCGCCCAGAGCUGGAGACUGGGGCGGGCUGGGGCGGCAGGCAACACACUGGCCCCCUGGUCUCCCUGGCUGCCAAGUGUCCUAUGAUUUCGGACCCCCUACCCUGCCCCAAGCGCCACAGCCCGCUCAAACAGCCUGGCUGGCCAAGGCUAUAAAACGUUGUAAGUAUAGGUGGCGGAAGCUGUGGAUCGGAUUUGCACACACACACACAAACCCCUUUCCAACUUAAAUAGGGAGGUAUACUUAGCUUCAUUCCUCGACACACACACCCCCGACCCCAUCUUUGGGAGGAUCAUCAUGUGCCCAUUAAACAUUGUAAGGAAGAAAAAAACACUAAAAAACAGGCUGCAUUUCUGCUGGAUGUAAAAGGCUCUCCGGCAGGGCCCUAACAGCGUGUUUUCGAAUACUGUGUUGACCUGAAUCUACGACUAGUUGCCCCCACCUACCCCCCCCGCCUCCAGGUUCCUUGAUGUUAGAAAUGGGGGGCGGGGGGUUGUCUGACAUUCAGAGUGCUCUUCCAUUCGAGCAAAUACAGGUAUGGCCUGAAUUUAACAUCUGGCCAGGGGAGGGGUUGUUGUUGUUGUUGUUGUUGUUUAGGGGGUUGCCUUAAAUUCAGAGUCAUCCCCUGUUUGGAUCAAUACAGUCCCUUCCUUAGCACAA